UAUACAUUUAAUUAUAGUAUGGAGGAAGAGCACAAUCACCUUGUUGAAAUCACACCUGAGAAAAUAUCAAUUUCACUUGACAAUUUGUCGACUUCCUUUAAUAUUCUGAAUCUAACAUUGCAAUAUGUCCCAUAUAAAAUUAUUUCUCCAAAUCCUAUGAUAUUUCACAUUCAGCCUGAGGAAGGUAAAUCAUUAAGUAAAAAUAAGGAAUUUUGGACCCUUGCGAUAGUAUCGAUGUUAAAAUAACUGCAAUCAUCACAAGCUCUAUGAAUUUUUAAUGUUUUGAGAAAAACAACAAACUAACUAUAUUGACGUAAGAGGAUUCAGAAACUGACUGGAAAAAUGUGUUAAUAGAAAAUAUUCAAAGGUAUGUGUUAAUAAUUUUAUGUAGACACGACAUCUCAAUAAACAUUAUUAGGAGCAAUAAUCCAUUUGUAAAAGUAGCAGACAAUGUGAUAAUAGCUCAAAUUUAUAAUAAUUUCAAAUUCACAGAGGAGGAAAAGAAGAUCAUCAUUGAGUACAUCAUGAAUAAAUACGGUAAGACGACCAAUUACAAUAUAUCCAACACAAUGAUGAUAUUUAGGUAUUAGAAUUAAGUCUAAGGAGAUGUUCAUCUUCUUAAAUACCCAGAUUCUACCCAUUAUUUUAUACUACGAACUUAUUCUCCUUGUUUGUUGGUCAACACUCCUCCCAAAUACCAAUUGGAACCCAUGAGUCCUUAGGCUUAAAAGAAAGUAAAGUAAGUAGAACAACCACAACCAUAACCAAUACAACAGACUCCGAAGCCGAAAAAGGCAAAGGACGAUUUCAAGACCAAUUUGAAAUCAUCUGUUGAAAAAAAGGAUUUGAAAUAGCAACAGUAAUUGUUUGCAUCAUACUAAGGGCAAUCUAUAAAACGAUAAUUUUCAUAAGAAUAAUAAGGAGAUAUAAUAAACCAAGUUUAAGAGUAACAGAACAACACUGGAUAAACUGAAGGUACAUAAACAAACGAAGAAUCUCAGCUAAUCAAAUCUACAAACAAUUAAAAAGAAGCAUCUUCAACUAAUCAAAGCUAAAUCAUUACCACCGAGUAGGAGACAUAGAAUUCCUAAUAGCAAAUAUUUUAAUCGUAGAUAGUUAAAAGCUAAUAAGAUACUGCAUCUAUUGCAAAGCCUCGUUAUUACUAGUCAGAAAUAAUACCUAAAAAUCAAUUAGAUUAGUUCAAAUAUGAAAAGUUCGAAUAAAGUCAGAAACCAAGGAGGAAAUAGAAUCUGAAAGGUAACUUACAAAAUUUGGCUCCCAUUCAAAUGGAAUAGAAGCAAUAGAUAAAUGUCUCUGAGAAACAAUACAUUGAAUAGAACCCUCCUAGAUUUAAAAAGAUCGCUAAUUUCAAUACGUACUCAAAAAUACAAUUUGUGGUUUUAUUUAAAGAUCACUCCUACUUAAUAACAGUGUCAGACAAGGAAAUCAUAACGGUUUGGAAUUUGAAUAUGAAUUCGCAAGAAGGGUAGAUUAGAGAUCAUAGUGAAAUGAAGAAGAUCAAGAUAUUGAAAGUGUAUGAGUGGGCAGAUUCUUAUGAGAAGAAACUUGGAACACUUGCUUCCGAUUAAAUGAUUAGAAUAUUUAGUUUGGAGGAGAUGAGAUUGAAAUACAUUUGGAAGAUUGAUGAUUUUAGUGAAAUAACGUAUAAUCAUUAAUUAAUUUAGAUCGAUAGCAUUUUUAUCAGACAAGGAUUAAGUAUGUUUAGCUGGUACGCCUUUAAAGCAAUUCAACAUCUUCGGCAGCAAGUAUCCCAAGUACAGGUUCUUGAGGGUUUAUAAUUCGAGAACACUGAAAGAGAUAAUAUCACAAAAGAUAACUGCCAAUGAGGGAUAGAUAUUGAGUCCGGUGGAGUAUACUGAUAAGUAAAGUGUGUGUAAUGAUGAUUAGUGAGAACAUGAAGCAUGCUAGAUUGAAUAACAUUUUGGCUGUCAAUAAAUGUUACAGGGAUAAGGAGGGGGGCGAAAUCCUAUUUUACUUGGUGGACAUGGCCAAUGUGUGCACUUUGAUUUUAACAUUAACAUAUGAGCAGAUCUAAGUUUGGAGUGUUAAGAAUCUUUACUAUUUGCCUUCAAGGGGGAGCUUUGUGGUGAUAGAGAAGAACUCACCCAAAUCUUAUUAUUAAAAUGUAUUUGUAGUUGUGAUUGUUUCUUUAGAAAAUAUUCGUCAUUAAUGUCAAGCAAUUGCAGACUGAUGAUGGAUUGAAGAAUGGAAUUGUUUGCAAGCAGUUUGAGGACUCGUCUGUUCUUGAUGACGAGAUUUAUGUUUUGCCAAGGUAGGAGUAAUUGCUUAAGGUCAAGGGGGAUACUGUGCAAUUGAUUGAUCUUAAAACUGAGGUUCAACUUAGUUUGUAGAUUUCACAAUAAAUGGGGGAGAAUCCUUUGAACAUUGUUUAGUCAGGGUAGAUCAUUAGAAUCGAUGGGGAAAGUUUGUAAAUAUUGGACCUUAUAUGCUGA